GAAAACUCAAGGUCUUGAUAUGAACGAUAUAUGUAGAAAGAUUGAUAAAGAUAAUGAGAGUGAUCUAGACAGAAAGUCCAGAGAACUUGAAGAAAAGAAGCAAAUAAUUUCGUUAAGAAGAGAUAGUUAUAUUAAAGAACGGGAAAAAUUUGGAUUUCCACCAAAGUAUCCAUUAUUAGCGAAAUUAGAAGAUUUCGGAAUCACAUGCAGUCCCUUGACAGCAUCUCCAACCAACGAACUUGAAAAGGCGCAAAGUAUUGAUAAAAGAAAGCCUCAAAAUAUGUCUCCAGAAGAGAUUAGUGCAUUUAGAGAAGGUUCAUACAUGGCACCUUCAGAGACCCUCAAUAAAUCGCUACCGAUGAACGAACGUUUUGUGGGUGAUCAAGUGAUGCGGGGAAAGUUUGUUGCAAACUUGGGAAAUAAAACUAGUCAACCCAGGCCGCUUUUAAGGAACUCAGUAUUUCCACAGCUUGAUGUGUUAAAUACUAAAUUUCUAGAUGAGGAUGCAAAAAAGGCCCUAAAUCACUUGUUUACAACAAGUUACCAAGCGGCAUAUGGAAACUACUCUGCCUGUGGAAAAAAUGCGUACCGACGUUUAUAUCCAAUAAAAAGUUUGGAGACUGUUGCUGACCCAGUUAAGCGCCUAAUGAAUGGAGACUCUUACUACCCUGCUACUGAAUCAUGGAUACCGGAACUAUUUGAGCCAACUGAAUAUGAUCGAAAACAGGCAAGAUAUCCCCAUAUAAACGAAAAACGACCAUAUGAAUUUUGUUCUUAUAAUUUACGAAUUAAUCAAAUUCCUGGUUACAGUGGAUCGUUUGGUACAAACGAAAAACGUGUUGAUUCAGACAAUCCAUACUGCGAAUACAAGCCACUAAAUCUAGUCCGCCAGAAUAUUCCUCAAAAAUAUGUAUUUGAUCUCAAUUUCAAUAUGCCAGGGUAUACUGGCUAUCAAAAGAAAGAAAUUCGCAGCCAAGAAUCAACAUCAUCAAUAUCAGUCUCUUGAGGAAAAAUCAGUGGUACAAAAUACCGGAAAAAGUUUUCGAAAAGUUUUGUCUAAGUAGAUACAACGGUAAAAAAAACUCAUAAUCAAUGUAAACUACAUCUUAUGAUCAUUUAAAGAACCUAAUAAUUUUGUUUGACUAAAACGUAACCUUCUGUGUAGAAAGCUUUAGUUUUCGUACUUACUAUUAAAGGCAUUCAGCAAAAUAACAAGAAACUACUGAACAAAA